AUGUAUUUGUUGCAGUUGCCACCAAGACUUCUUCGGUGGACUUUCGUGGUUCUAUUCAUAGCGGCUGUGAUAGCGCCUACAUCGACUUCUACUGCCGUAAGAAGAAGAUUACGCAAGCCAACCAAAGUUUCCACAUCGGUCACGACCAGCGUGUCCAGAUCCACCGACCAGGUGAUCUCGGCAAGUGUGAACAGGCCUAAGAUACGUGGUCGGCCCAGCAUAGCCAGUCGGAAGUCCUCUGCUGCUAUCGACAACUCAGUCGGGACGGAUGAUCAUAAAGACAAGGAUGGGUAUAAGAUCGUGUGCUACUACACCAACUGGUCCCAAUACCGGACUAAGCUUGGCAAGUUCUUACCUGAAGAUAUACAACCAGACCUUUGCACCCACAUCAUCUUCGCCUUCGGUUGGCUGAAGAAGGGGAAGCUCAGCUCUUUCGAGUCCAACGAUGAGACCAAAGACGGAAAGACUGGUCUUUACGACAGAAUCAACAGCUUGAAGAAAGCCAAUCCCAAAUUGAAGACUCUGUUGGCUAUUGGUAAUUUCUUUUUUUAA